AUGCAAAUCUCUUCAAAAGUUAGUGAUAUUGAUGAUAAUGAUGAUUAUAACAUUUUAGUAACAAAAGUUACAUUAACAAAAAAUGAAUACUAUGCAACAAUGCGUAAUAAACUUGAACAUAAUCGUCUUAAACUUAUUAGCAAACAUAUUGAUGGUCAUCAUAAUAUUGAUGCAUGUAAAUUACAAACAACUAUGCAUGAUUUUAGAAAAUGUUUAAAUUAUAAUCAAAGAAUUAUUUGUAAUGUUGAUGAAUUUUUUAUGAAUAGAAAGGUAAAAUUUCGAUAUAAAAUUAUUAUUUAG